AGCAUUCGACUUGUUCGUCGUCGUCGUCGCGAGUGAAACUCUCUCAGUAGACGGAGUGCAUCCCCGAAAAUUGCUAAUUUAUCCGCUGAAAAUUGGUGAAAAUGGCCCUUAACUAACCGCAUCGGUCAGUGAUUACAGUGGACUAGUGAAAUCGUGUACAGCAGUGAUGGUCCGGCCGUGGGAUCAGGCCGGAAUUUACGACGAAAGAAUUUGAUAAUUUUCCGUCGUAGCCGUCGGGAUUGGUUCACAGGCAACCUCUUUUUCUCCUUUCGUUUCUUUUCUUUUUUGCUGUUCGUCGCGUCGCGCCGCGCUCCACUUUCGCAUCGACCGUCGCAUACGGAACGGCCAGAAAGAAGGGAGCAGGUUUGUGUGAAGAAAAAUUUUUGUUGAAAAAGGGAGAAAAAUGCGUGAAAUGAAUACUGGUGGUGUUUAUGUGUCAAAUCUGUCGCCUUUCCAGCGCGAUUCUGGACGCUACAGAAAUUCCAAACUGCCGAGCAGAGUUCUGGCAUUCUAGGGAAAGUGUACUCGACGAAAAAAAAGAAACUACAAGAGUGUAGAAUUAAUUCGCAAUUAAUGGAAGAAAAAUCAUUUAUCUACUAAAGUGGUUGAAGUGUCAAUUACUUAAAACGCUGCUGAUGGAGGAUCGUAAAAAAAUACUGACCCAGCAAUGUUUCAGCUGAAAAGCAUAAUGAUUUUCCAUACAACGGGAAUUUUGACAGUGAUGCCAGUGAUAGUGAGAAUUGUGUAGUGCGGUUCGUUGCACUUGUUGAUACACUAAUCGGUUCGCUUCUUGUAAUUUCUUGUCAGGCUGGCUUUAUUGAGAAGAUGCGCGACUAUCCAUUGGGCCAACAUUAGAAACAGCAAGCAAGUUGAGCGCAGUAAGAUAAAUCAUUGAGCCCAACGCUAGCAAAUAUAAAACACUGAUACAGUGUUUUUCACUUGCUCUCCGAAGCUCUAAUAUACCACCGCCAAUACUAAGCAUACGACCAUACUACCUGGUUCGAAAUCUUCGCUUUUAUAACAAUGGGAGAUCGCGAUAUACCGAGCGUUCCAAUUACCACCUUGGCUGGUCUGACAAGUCUAUCGGACCUGCUCAGCGAGCUCCCGAUAUCUGACUCUCUUGCAACGGGAUCCACCUCGCUGAAUCGUUCGCUGUUAUUUCAUCCCCGAGUGGCCGAGGAAGCCAACAACCUGCUAGCCACGCGGGACGACAGUCUCAUCGGGCAGCUAGUGACUGCGAUCGAACAGACCAAUUCGGACCACAUCGAGCUCAAGGAUCAGUAUGCUCAGCAAUCGCCCAGCAAACACUUGCAAGAGGGUCCGUUACUGUUACAAUCUAUCCAUUCCUGCCGACCGGAUGUGUUCAGCAUGCCGCAAACACACCAGCAGCAGAUCCUGGCGCAGCAACAGAAAAUGAUAUCUACAUCACAAGCCCAACUUUUUAAUUUUGAAAGCGAAAACUAUUCCUUCAUCCAAUCACACCAUCAGCCGUUGCAGCAACAGCAGCAGCAGCAGUUUUACACAAAUCAGUUUCUGCAGACGCAUUCACCGCAGCAUCAGCAGCAAAUUUUAUUCAGUCAGCCCCCAAUUACCAUUCACCAUCCCAAUCACCCUCCAGUGGUAGUACAGCAGCAGCCACAACCACAACAAACGACGGUUCAGCUAGGGCACCUGAGCCAACCUGCUCCCACCAAUCUUUCCUUCCAAGAUCAACAACAACCUCUGCAGCCACAACAACAACAACAACCAUCUCCCCAAAAAGUCAUCAUUCGGCAGCAAGUUAUUAACCUUCAAAAUAUUCCUUACUCCAACCCUUCAGAAAAUCACCAACUCCAACAACAGCAGCAACUCUUCCAACAGCAGCAGCAACAGUUACAUCAGCAACAGCAGCAACACAAUCAAAAUGUUAUUGUGACACAUCAGUCGGUUAUUCAAAACCAACAGACCCAUGUUCAACUUCCACAACAACAUCAACAACAACAGCAGCAACGAACGGUUGAUCCACAUCGAACGGUGAUUCAGCAGCCCCAGCAAACAGUACUGGCUGCUGGUACUUCCUCGAAUGCGCUUCCAGGAUCAGCACCUGCGAGGCAAGUGAUCACACAACAGCAACAAUUACCGAAUCAUGUUCCCCAGCAGCAGCACCUGCAGCAGCCUCCGUUGCAACAGAUCGCACACCAACAGCAAGCAGUACCAGUGCCGCCGCAUCAAUAUGUGAUAAACAAAAACAGUGCCUCCCCGAAUCAGCACCACCACCCACAGCAACAUUUGGCCAACAACAUGCAGCAGCAGCAACACCAGAACAAUGUAGCGCUAGCGAAAGAACAAUCUCAUCCCGCUGGAAAUGAGCAAUCUCAAAUGAAAAACGGCAGUAGUACCUUAAACAACCAUCAGUAUCCUCACCCGCAGACCCCACAGCAGCAUCCAAAUAACCUCAUCAAAACCCCGGAGGCAGCCCCACGCAAUAGUGAAUAUCUGCAGCAACAGCAGAGCAAAAAUCUUGAUUCUCGAGGGAGACCAUCACCUGCGCAGGGUACAACUGCACCCGAAACCGACCAAACCCAUACCAGUCUGCGGAAGCCACAAGACAUUCAGCAGACUCAGGCCGUUACUCCGACCGUGCAACAAGCAAAUCCGCCGGGGAUCACGCCAUACAAACCAAGGCCUCUUGGCGUAUUGCCCCGAACACCCGGUGCACCAGGGACGCCGAUAGCAGCUGGUCCCCGUCCUAUAGCCGUUACUGGAGCACUCCAGCGAGUCGGAAACGCAAUUCCUCCUAGGCCUGCAAUGACUCCGAUAACUUCAAUUGGCGUCACGGGAGCUUUAAUGAGGACACCAACAACGACCACUGCUCCAAUAACGCCAGCUGCAGCACCUGCGCCGCAGCAGUCGCCUGCGCCACCUGCCCCAGCUUCUGUAAAGAAACCUGAACGGGUCAAUCGGAAGAAGCUCUGCCGAAUGAUGGACUUGGCGGACGUGAAUGGUCUAACGUUGAAGAAGUGUUCAAUUCGCCUGGAAAGGCUAAAUGAGGUACAUCUAUCGUUGAUGCAAGAAGGUCUAAAAAAGUUUUCCCUAGCAGAACCGAAAGCUGCUAUGCGGCUUGGUUUGGUCAAGAAAAACAAUGAAAUGAUCUUUGCUAAAAUGAAGGAGGAUGAACGAAGGUAUACAGGUUUACUAGCAAAACGGAGAGCGGAAAGAGAUGCAGCAGAUCCGGAGGAUAUGUUCAGUAAGCCAAAACUGAGGAGGGUUGAAAAACUGACUGCACCGGUAGUGAAAAAAUUAUCUAAGGAAGAACUAAUGAAUACGAAUACCUAUCAGAGGUUUAUGUCGAUUAUGGGCAAAAUUUUCGACCAGUUGGAUGAAACCGAAGCGCCCAGUUUAGACGAUGGAGAUGAGCAGCAAGAUUGCAUCCCAACUAGUAUGCUUAGUAACAUAGGAGCGGAAGCAGCUAAGCUGAAAGCCCGCAAUGCAAUCGAAGCUAUUCCUGAGAAUAAGCUUACAUUACUUAUAACGUACGCAAUGAGAUCUAUUCACUCUGCCAAGAAUCUGAGCGGGACCGAGCUGCAGGAUGAUUUGGUCGGGGAUGACUGCAUCGAAAAAAUUCUCAACGCCAUGGAGGCAGCAUUGUUGAUUUGUUCGAUUUACACUUGCAAAAGCACCAAGUUCUUGCAAGAGGACAACAUCGAUGCUAUAAUCAAGUUUGUGCAAUUUCAACUGCGUGAAACCGUAUUCCCUUCGUACGACCCAGUGUAUUCGGUCGAAACGAAGAAAAAAGUCGACGGAAAGAAGUCUAAAAAGAUACCGAGCUAUCAGCAGAAAGGUCUCUCGAUACUGUACACUAAAAUCGUAGAACUGGGCAAAUUACUAGUAACGAUGUUUGAAAAGUUCCAUUUUGUGGAUACCAUUGUAAUCCAUGCGUCUGCCCUUGGAGUGGAACCAUUCUUUGUGGACAACAUUGAGACGCUUCAAUUCGUGUGUCUUGAUCUGGUAACUUCAAUUUUCCAAAAUGAAAAGUAUUCACACCAUCGACGGAACAUUGUCGCGGACAUUCUUUCGUCGAUCGACCGUCUUCCGCACUCCAAACGGAAUCUCCGUCCGUAUAAGCUUGUCAAUAACGCGGGCAAUAUUCAGAUGAUGACCGCUCUGGUACUUCAGCUGAUUCAAUGCGCCGUUGUAUUACCGGAAUCCUUUGGCGAUCACAACCCGAAGAAAGCAAACAACGAUGCUGUCGUUAAUAGCAGUAACCCGAAGUCGACCGAUUUGUUCAUCAUCGGAAAAUAUGAUACGGCGCUUAGCAUUGGAGGUAAUUUCCUGGCGACUUUCCUCGACAAGUGCAAAAGUCGCUCAAGCGAAACGGAUUUCCGUCCUUUGUUCGAAAACUUUAUCCACGAUUUGCUAACCACGGUCAACAAACCGGAAUGGCCGGCAUCGGAACUGCUACUCAGUUUGCUCGGUACAAUGCUAGUGAAAAAGAUGUCCGAUAAAGGUGUGGAGCAAUCGAUUCGAGUGGUUUCACUGGAAUACCUUGGAAUUGUAGCUGCACGCCUGAGAAAAGAUACAGUCGAGUCUAGGUGCAAAGUGCGAACGAUGGAUUCUCUCAUAAAGUACAUCAAAAUCGAACAGGAGAAGGAAGGGGAUGAGUACCAAAAAAAUUCUAAAUUCCAGUUAAACGAGGAAGAGGAAAGGACUGAGUUUUUGCAGAAAAUCCUGCUGGAUUUUCUAGCAGCCAAUGCCCAGGAAGGCAAUAUCGUGUGGAAUCAUGCACGGCACUUUUACAUCACGCAAUGGUACCGCGACAUUAUUCAACGGAAGAAGUGUAUUGCCGAUGGUGAAAAGGGUUAUGCGUCUCGGAAGAAGCAGGCGAAAAGGCGUAAAAAGUAUCACACUGAAUCGGACGAAUCCGACGGCGGUGGAAACGACUCCGACAUUGAAGAAAUCAAACCUGGCGUGGAUCAGGAGCUAAACAGUGAGAUCUUUCGGAUGCUGGACACUCGGAAGAACAAUUACCUAGCACAAAUCUGUCCAUUCGGUGGAAGUGGGUUGAAAGCCGCCGUCAGCGAAAUUAAAACCUACAUCGAUUACAGUAGCGCAAAUCUGAUCGCGCAGUACCUGGCGAGUAAGCGAUCGUUUUCGCAGAGUUUCGACAAAUACCUUCAGAAAAUCAUCCUCGUCGUCAGGGAACCGGUUGUCGCGAUACGAACGCGAGCCAUGAAAUGUCUCGGCAAUAUCGUCGAGGUUGACCAGAUGGUACUCGCCCGGAAAGAUAUGCAGAUGGGGGUGCACCAGAAGCUACUCGACACUGCAAUUUCGGUGCGGGAGGCGGCAGUGGAUCUGGUGGGAAAGUAUAUCCUUUCCGAUCCGGAUUUGAUCGAUCAGUAUUAUGAGAUGAUAUCGCAGCGGAUAUUGGAUACGGGUGUCUCAGUGAGAAAACGGGUAAUCAAAAUUCUACGUGACAUUUGCAUCGAGUAUCCGGAGCAGGAUAAGAUCCCGGACAUUUGUGUGAAGAUGAUCCGAAGGGUUAACGAUGAAGAGGGAAUUCAGAAACUUGUGAUGGAUGUUUUUAUGACGAUGUGGUUCACGCCGUGCAAUCCUAGCGAUAAGGGAGCCAUGAAUAGGAAAAUUACUCAGAUUAUCGAUGUCGUUUGCUCGUCCCAUGAGACUGGAACUCAGGGUUUCGACGCGUUACUGAAAUCGAUAUUCGAACCAAAAGAGAGCAAGGAGGAUGCCAAAGCGAAAAAGGAAAUCCCGAAAACACUGAUCAAAGCCUGCCAGCAGAUCGUCGACGGUCUGGUGGAUGCGACGAUGAAACUGGAGAGCUCCGAGAACAAGAAGCUGGUCGGUUGUAUUACCGCGUUGCAUCUUUUCGCCAAAAUACAACCGCAGCUACUGGUGAAUCAUGCGAUGACGCUGGAACCGUAUCUCAACAUACGCUGCCAGAAUGCCAUUAACUACAAAUUUAUCAGCAGCGUGGCGGAAAUUUUGGAGCAGGUGGUUCCUCUGAUGGAGCAUCCCAGCGAAAUUUUCCUUGCUGAUCUGGAGUCGCAUCUGAUGAUGCUGGUGGUAACACAAAGCCAGGCAGUAGUGCUUAGUUGUGUCUCCUGUCUGUCGGCGGUUGUAAAUAGAAUUACCAAGAACUAUACCUUAAUACGGGACUGUUUCUCCAAGUUUUAUUAUAAGGGCUUAGUAUCCAGCAAGGAAAAAUUAAUUAGUGACCCAUCGAUACCAAUUGAAAUGUUGUACAGGCCACAGUUCCGACGAAGCAUCUACACAGUGGGCUUGAUUAUGCGGUAUUUCGAUUUCAAACAACCGGAUGUGUACGGUGGUGCUGAAGAUGCGCAAGGAGCCCUGCCGGCCAGUAUCUGCGAAGAGGUUUACAAUACGCUGGCGUUUUUUCUAUCAUGUAGUCAUAGUGAAAUCUGCAAAGAGACUCUUCUAUCGAUGGGUAACUUUUGUGUGAAGAACUACGAAUAUCUGACCAAAACGGAGCUGCGAGAUUACUAUAACUAUCUACUAACGCAGCAAGAGGUGCUAACAGAUAUGAAAAUUAACGUACUGAAAAAUAUUCUCAUGUAUCUGACGGAAGAAGAGAAUAAAAUGGUUAGGAAUGACAAAGAAUGGGCGAAGCAAUCGCAAACGGAAGACUUGAAGGAAAUGGGGGACGUAUCAUCAGGUAUGGCGAGUAGGGUGAUUCAAAUCUAUCUUAAGGAAAUUCUGCGGAGUUUUUUGCAUCGUGAUACCGGCGUGCGGAUGUGGGCGAUGCGAGUGGUCGAGAUUGUGCUGCGGCAAGGUCUGGUACAUCCAGUACAAAUAGUUCCUUAUCUAAUAUGUCUAAGUACGGACCCGGAGAAAGAGGUUGCACAUAGUGCAGAUCGUCAUCUCCAGGAGAUCGACAAGCAGUAUCCAGGAUUUGUAAAUAUGAAAUCUCACGCCGGUAUGCAGUACUCGUAUGAACUGCAAGUCUUGCUACAGACGCAUGACGACAAUAGUAUAGUUAGAGGUUAUAGAAUCAAAGACCCCCAGGAGCCACCGAGUGCGAUGAACGGUUUCUUGUACACGUUGCUACGUAAUACCAAACCCCAAAGGCGGGCGUUAGUUCAGUCCAUCACGAAACAAUUCGAUGAUGGUAAAAUUUCGCUGAAGCAGAUGCUCUACUUGGCGGACAAUCUAGCGUACUUUCCGUAUGUGGUGCAGGACGAGCCAUUGUAUAUAAUCCAUCAUAUUGAUGUGCUAAUCUCCGUUACCGGUACUAACCUGCUGGCCACGUUCCGGGAAGGACUCAAACCUCCGCCUGGCGCGGAAAACAAUCCCGAUCAGAAACCAAAUCCCCUGGAAGAUGACGACGAUGACGAUCAGGAUGUAAUACUCGGUCGACUACCGGAGGACACAACUGAUCUACAGAACUGUAUCACCUCAGCACAAGGAUGUAUGCUUCUGUUAAUACUCAAGCAGCAUUUAAAGGACAUUUACGGUAUCACUGAUUGUAAAAUAUCUCGAUACUCUCCGUCGGAAACGGGUAAAAUCUACGACAAAACAAUGCAACGAAGAUCAAACUCAAUGUUCGAUCCGAAAGCUACGAUCGUUUUGCUCCAAGAGAAACGUUCCGAAGAAGAUGUCCACGAGGAGAAGAGCAGGAUCGAGCUGGUGCAGCGGUACUUGGAUUUCAAGCAACUAAUGCUACGGCUCGAUCCGGACGAUCCCGACUUGCUGGAUGAUGAUGAUCGAUUACCGGCGAAGGGUUCGGAACCUAACUCAACCACAACUACCCCCGUGAAGCAACCUGGCGCAGCGGAUGAACCCGGCGCCAACAGUAUCCCGGCCAGCAACGACACGGGGAACGGUGGCCAUGUGGCCAACAAUGUACAUAACACUGCCUCCAGCGGCAGUAGUAUACCGCACAUCAGUCGAACGCCAAAAUCAUCGUCACGGUCGGCCACGGCGAAUGCGUCCACAGUUACCCGAAAAACUCUGCCAUCGCGAAGUGCACGUAAAAAGCGACGGAAAAUUUCCAGCUCCGAGGAGGAAGAUAGUGACGGCAGCGAUAUGGACUAUGAUUAAACGUCCUAUCCAAGGUAUAAUGGCGAAGAAAGGACACGCGCAGUGGCGCGGGCAUGAAUGGUGGUAAAUACCAAUGAGUAAGUCCAAGGUUUUUCCCUCAUCUAACAGACAGGCAAAUCCUUUAUUGAAGAUUGAAACCCAAGGCCAUAAUACAAAAGAAGCAAAAGCCGACAAUAUGAUAUAAAAGGCCCUAUGAAUGUGUAAUCGAUAUCCUUUAGGUCCCACCGGGUCAUCACAGACGAGGACCCGAUCUGUAUUGAGACGUUUCUGUAGCACUUCCGCGUAGUAUUGUUUCUCGCAAACUUAUUGUGUGAUUACUGUUUGUUCGAACUCCUCAUGUCCGUUUUCCUUUCCUCCAGCUAUCAAUCCACCGUAGAUGUAGAGAUCAAACAAUGUAUUUGUUUUAAUUAUCCAAAAAAUUAUAAAAUACUACAAAAAAAGAAGAAACAGAAAACUUUUUUCGAUACCAGUAUAUUUAACUCUAAUAUAUAUUAAACAUAAAAACAAUGGAAAAGAACUGUGAAAUAAAUGUAAGAACGUCAAAAAAAAAGAGUCAACUUUUACACAUUACGGAGUCAAAAUCGCAGAGAAAAAGAUAUUAACAUGUAGGCAAAAUUUAGUAUGGUGAUAAAUCGAAGAACAAAGGAAAUGUUUUGUGUCUGGGAUAUAAUAGAGACUUAAUCGAGGUGUUACUGCUUUAUUGUGUUGGCAGUGACGUCCAAACGUGCGCCAUCUAAUUCACGUUAUCGAAAUAGGGCGAAACAAUAUUGAGUCGGAGUCUGGGUAGGCAAAAUACUGUACUGCCCAGAGAAGAAACAAAAAGAUGUUUUAUGAGAUAUUUAACUAAUUUGAGAUAAGUUGAAGUAGUGGAACAAUACACAAAAAACGGAUCUAGGUAUUCAGUCAUGGUCACCAGUUCUGCGCGAGGAAUGUGAGAGUAUUUAAUUUAUUGGAAAAAUGGAUUAAAAAUUGACGAACGAGGUGUGUGAAAGAAUUCAUACUAUUCGAGAGACUACGAAUAUCGCGAACAAAGGAAGAAGAUGCAAAGGCAUUCAAGGCAAAUUGUAUAAAAAGUUUUAUUGUAAAGCGUAGAUGUUGGACGAAACCAUAAAAAGGAGGAACCGCGUUGUAAGGAACUAAAAAACCGUCUGGAAUCUUUCAGCUUUGUAUAGUCUCCGACGAUGGAAAUAAUGAGUGUUUGGGUGUGUUUGUGGUUGUAAAUUUUUGUAAAUAUAGGAUAUUUUUCUUAUUUUCAUGUCAA